AUUUUAUAUUUCCUGAAAGAAAAAAAUAUAAUUAUGUUCUUGUUCUUUUGAUCAAAUGCUAAUUUCUCUAGUCGUGUUACGGCUUGAGAUUGCCGAUAAUUGUCAAGAACCAACUAUCUUUAAGCCAUAUUCUGCACCUCUGUAUCAGCUAUGUUCAUCUGAUUAUACUGACAAAUCUCACACACAAAACAAACUGAGCUAUGCAGCAGUAACUGGGAUCGUCCGAGAUUCACCUAGAUUGAAAACAGAAGACCUCCACAGACAGAUUAAAGAAUCAACAGGAUUACGAGAACAUUGCAGCAUCACUUUGGAAACCUAUUUACCUUCAGAUCCCAACACCUCUGAAGAAAAUGAAUCAGUAAUGAGCAGUGACGAACCAGUGACGCCCACAAGUAAUGUUAAACCUGAUGACAAACCCGAAACCGAUCACGAGCCUCACACUGACAUCACUGUGACCGAGAAAGACAAUGGCACAAAGGUCCGAUCCACGGUUCACACCGACUGUGUCCCGGGAACGUCACACGGCGGUUCAGUCGACUGCACCACGUCUGAAGCCGACAAGGUUUCGCGAGUAUCCACAUCCCGGGAGUCAUCUCUGACCCACGAUGACCCCAGUGGGGAGCGGCGGACCAGUGGCACGGUACUGCCCAAGAGUCACAGCCCGACUCCGAGACUGCCAUCGUCAAUUCACUUCUUUUCCGGGAACCCCUGUGUGGAGCGCACCAAGGGCAUCCUACACAUAUACAAGGACGGAGAAAGAAAGUCUCUUGAUGCUGGUGUUGCUCGCAGUGAGAUGAUCUGCAUGCUGGGUGUUCCAGGUUCCUACAUGAUCCAUGAUCUGCUCCAGUUUGUUGCCCCAAUGAGAUCUGAGUCAAAUUCUACAAUAGAGUACAUGAGGAUAAUACGUAAUGCUACGCCCAAUCAGUACAUGGUCCUGCUCAAGUUUCGCGAUCAGACGUCAGCUGACCAGUUCUAUGAAAACUACAACAAUGAGCCGUACAACUCUAUAGAAAGUAACAUCUGCCACUUGGUGUAUGUCGCUAGAGUGGAGAUCAUGAAAGAGUCUGAGGGUGCCAUGUUGCCUAUCCCUGGUCUAACCGAGUUGCCAAACUGUCCAGUGUGUUUAGAGAGAAUGGAUGAAUCUGUGGAUGGAAUAUUGACAGUGUUAUGUAACCAUGCAUUUCAUACAUCCUGUAUUGCCAAGUGGGGUGAUACCAGCUGCCCAGUCUGUCGUUACUGCCAGACCCCAGAGGAAGUGGCUGACAAUCGCUGCAUGAAUUGUGGUUCCCAUGAGAGUCUGUGGAUCUGCCUAAUCUGUGGUCAUGUAGGCUGUGGUCGAUAUGUGGAACUGCAUGCAUACAGACACUUCCAGGACACGAACCACACGUAUGUGAUGCAGCUUGGCAGUAACCAGGUGUGGGACUAUGCGGGUGACAACUACGUACACCGCCUUGUACAGAACAAGUCUGAUGGGAAACUCGUCGAGGUUGACGAGGGAGGAAACCUGCUGAGGGAGGAGAAAGUUGAUUCUUUAACCUUGGAAUACACCUACCUGCUUACCACACAGCUGGAGUCACAAAGGCAGUAUUUUGAGAAACAGAUGCAGGCUGCUUUGAAAGAAGCUGAUGAAAAGGUGGAAGAAGCUCAAAGACGAUGGAGCGCUACCACUAAACAGCUAGGCUGUAUAGAGAACCAGCUAGCUGAUGUCACCAAGGAGAAGCAAGGUCUCGACAAGAAGUGUACACAGUAUCACUCGCGCCUGGUGAAGGUGCUGAAAGACCUUCAGGAGGAGAAGGAAAUGAACCAGUGUCUCCGUGACAACCAGCAGCUCUGGCAGAAGAAAGUCAGUAUGCUAGAGGAGAAACUUGAGCUGGUCUCUCAGGACAAAGACAAGCAAAUCCAGGAGCUGAAGGAGCAGGUGCGUGACAUCAUGUUUUACCUGGAGGCCCAGAACACGCUGUCCACCAACAAGGAGGUGUCCCAGGAGGAGAUCCAGGAGGGGCAGGUGAUCGUAGGGGCAGCUGCUGCGACCUCCUCCCCCCUCGGCAAGAAGACCCGGAAGAAGGCUAGGUGAUGAACAUCAUUAGCAACAUUUAUACCAAAUACUUUCUGUCAUGUUUUACUGUUUUUACUCUCGCCAGUGGAGUGUGGAGAUUAAAAAAACCCUGAAGAAUAGAACUGAGGAAUAGGUAUUUGUUACAAGAGGUGAAUGAUAAGUGUGAUUUUUUUUCCCCCUCACAAUAUCAGAUGAUUGUGCAGAGAAAACUGAAAAACAAGAAACAAAAAAGAAACAAGAAUUUAAAAAACUGAUAUAUUGUUUUCUUCAGAAUUCCAGAUUUUACCAGGGCUUCUAGAUUAUGGUAGCCCCACUCCCAUGGCUAGUGAUAUUCAAUGAUGGGCUAGUAAAUAACUACUACUGCCAUGCCUGAUGGCUAGUGGAAAAAGUUGUCAAAUACUGCAUUUAAGUGUUUUUUGUAAAUUCGAAUAUCUUGCCCCCACCCACAAACUGCAAUCUUAGUGUUUUUAAGGUCUAUCUCCUUCUUUAGGUGACAUAAUGAUCUAAUUGUUACUUUUAGUAAAAUUGUAUUAAAUUAAAGUGAAGUAGGGCUAGUGAAUUUUUAAUUGUGGCCAGUAAACCAGUAAACUUUAAAAAUCACUGAUGCCAUGACUAGAUUUGGUAAAAUUUGUAGAAGCCCUGAUUUUACACUAUCCAAAAAGUGUUUCUAACCUUGUUCUUUGAUGAAAAGAUUAUAGUAAUACCUCACAUUUUAAGACCAUGUAAAGUUUUCUAGUCUUUUGUUUUUCCUGUGUCUAUUUCAUCCAUGUAUGGCUGUCCCAAGUAUUUAUUGCAAGUGUGCUGUUGAAUAUGGUGAAAAGAUUAUAGUAAUUCCCUAAUUUUUAAGACCCUGCUAAGUUUUCCAGUUUUUAUAUAUAUUUUUAAUAUUAGUAUCUUCGCUGUAUGGUGUCCAAGUAUUUAUUGCAAGUGUGCUGUUCAGUAUGAUGAAAAUGCCCUCUUUGUAAUGGCUACCUGUUCUUCAAAACACUGACUCUAGGGUUUUGGGCAAUGUGAUUUAUUUUUGGCUUUUUAUUUUAUACUGUUAAAAUACAUAUUAGUCAAAAUGUCUUGGUUACAUUAUACCUCUUAUCAAAUCCAAUGCAUUUCUAGUCAUUCUGGUCUUUAAAAUGGCUUAAAAUAUAGGUACUUGUAGUCUAGGGUCAUAGAUUUUUAAAGUCACUUCAAGAAAUUCCAUUUUGCUUAAUACUUCAUUUAAAUACUUCAUUUAUUUUAAUCAGUGUGUAAAAACAAUUUGGCCUUAAAUGUCACUGCAUCAAAGUAAUUUUUUACUUCAAUAGGCUAUUUAUAUUAACCUUUUCAUAGAGAGCACCUGAUUAUACAGAGGCAUUUUGGAUGGUCUUUAUAAACAGGUUUGACUAUACAAAAACUCUUUUUAAUGCAUAUACCCUGACCACAUUAAUCAAAAUUGAAUGAAGAAUAACAUAAAGCUGCAGUUUCAAGAAUAGUUUUAGUUUAAUAUUUAAGCAUUUAGAAUAGAUUAUAUAAACUUUUGUUUGUCUCCAGUGAUGCAUCGUUCUUUGAUGUCCUUUUGAUCUUAUUUACAAUCUAGGUCACAUUCAAACACAUGGUCUGGCAAGACACUAUAAGGAAAUGUAACUGCUGAGUUCCCAUGUAAGAGAUGACAUGUAGCCCAUUGGGCUAUUUAUCGGACUAUCCAAAAUGCAAUCAGGCUAGAGUUUUUCAAAGGUAUCUUAGCGCUACUAAAUCAUAAAACUAUCGUUGGAUAUGACAUCAAAACAGCACAUGCCAUAGUUAUAUCAUAGCUUACAUUGGUUCUACGAUUUUAUAAUGCUAAAAUAGCUUCAAAAAUAUGGGUCCAGGAAUGAAAUUUGUUUAAUGUUUAGAGAUGUGAGAAUGAGAGACUUGAAUCAUGAUUAAAUAAUAAAAUGAGAUCUUAUAGUUGUGCAGUAUCUGCAUCAGGUGGGAAUCUCAGUUUGGUUGAACAUGGUUUCCAAUGAACAAUCUUACCAUUCAUGAAUGACUAACUGUCAGAUUUGAGUUUUUCUUUGAUUACUAGAUUGACUUAAAUAAUUUCAUGUUCCAGGGAUUUAUUGAGGCAUUCUGUGGGUCUGAACAGACCUAUUCCCAAAAGAAAGUGGCACUAAAAAUUCUCAAUUUCUGUACUAAAAAUUCCCAAUAUAUAUCUUUAAUUAAUGUCUGUCCUAAUAAAUAAUUUAAACAUAUCCUAAGUAUGAUUUACUCACACUAAGUUUACCAGUCCCAUCAGACAUGGCACCCUGGCAAAAAUAUCCUGGAUAAAUCCCUGGGGUUUUAUAGAUGUUUGCAUCUGUACUGCAGGUAAGAAGUCCAUAAUGUCUGUUGUCUAGUUAACCCGCUAAGUGUUAUCAUGUAUAUUUUUGUGCUAUAUAUUGCACAGUAUUUAAGCUAUGGUUUAACAUAAGGUACCAAAUAAUGUGAUUGGCUAACGUUUUUCUCUGUGUGAAAAAACCCUACAAAAAACAAAGACAAGUGAAAUGUUUUCCUUUGUUUCACCAGGUGUAUAUUAUUUAUAUUAUUCGGAUUUUGUUGCAAUUGUUAUUUUGAACAUUAUAUGUUAUGGUUUAUUACCAGAUGCAAUGCAUAUUAAUGUUAAUUGUGUUAUAACAUGCCUGUGAUAAUUUGCUGUACAGUUGUGGUUAAUUUUGAAUCUGGAAAUGCUUGAGACACAAGAUCACUGUUGGCAUUUUGGAUUGUCCAUCCAUUUACAGAGAGGUUAACAAUUUUUCAUUUGUUCAUUUUGUUAUUCAUUUUGUUAUUUUUGUUUUUGUUUUCAUUUCUGUCUAUGUUUAAUGCAGUUUUCUUGAUCUGUUUGGUUAUUACCAUUCCAUCCAUGUCUACUCUCACUGCGCCUUGUCUAAAUAGAAACAAAUUAUACUUAGUGUGACUAUGUAAUAGUGUUGCUUUACUGGUGUCAGGAGUAUAGUGUAUAAACCACUGACAUUAGAGUACGUAAAUAUGGGAUCUGCAUCCCAGUACCAGGAGCAUCGGAAGCUUUUUGGGCCACAAACAUUUUUCUCUCUUUCUAUAGCACUCGCAUAGUAUAGAUCUCAUCAUAUACAUUGCUUUGAUGGCCGUACCAACUUUUGAUUGCUUCCGACGCUCCCGAGUACUGGCUUUCACCCAGAGUAACCUGUUACAGCUCUACAAGGAUGUUUUAGACCACCACACCGACCUCUCUCUCACUAACCAGAUAGCUGAGGUGUGUGCUCUGUACGACAUACUCAAACCUUUAGUAGUUAUACACACAAAGAUCAAGUUGAAGUGAAAUGUGUGGCUUUUAACAGUUCACACUGGGUCAGUGUUGAAACCAGAGCUACCUCUGGGUCAGCAGAAAAUUGUGACAAGUUAUCUAUUAAACUUUAAAAAAUUGUGACAAGUUAUCUAUUAAGCUUAAAAAAAUUGCAGAAACAAAUCUUUGGUAAUAAAAUAUCAGUUAUUACAUGAAAUUAUUUUGCCAUAGUUACAAUAAAAUUUGCCAAUUGUUUUUGAAAUAUGCAGUCCAUUAGCAUCUUGUGCAAGUGCCAGGGCUAACCCUGAUUAAAACCAUACUGUCUGCUUAUUUUAACUGGCUGGUAAAAAAAAAUGUGCGACUCUUUAUUCCACCAAUUUAAACAAAAACGAAGCAAAACAAUUCAAAACAAUAAAUAAAACAUGUAUAAGGAUGUUCGUAUUCUCAUUUCAAGCUUGAAUUGAAUACUGAACGUUCCACGAUUUUAUUGCAUUCUGUGAGAAAAUAUGAUGUCCCCUAGUAUUUCACCAUAUUCCAGUCUUUUGUUACACUGAUUCAUUGUUUGUUGUUGGUUUUUGUUUUGUUUUUGUGGGGGGAUUUAACAUUUUUAUUGUACAGUAUUUAUUCAUAACAUACAUCUCGUAUGUUGUCAUGGUUGUAACAUGAAAUCGGGGGACAGUGCAAAAUGUUGUUAAUAAAUACAUUUACAUCUAUGUUGUCAUAUUUCUUACAGAUACAAUGUAUGUGUAAAUUGUGAUAUAUUAAUGUUCAUACUUUAAGCAAUUUUACUUUAAAAAUUAUGAACCAAACUUUUCACCAUUAUUAUAAUGAUGAACGUUUAAGUUAAAAAAAAAGAAAAAAGAAAAAGAUUAUGUUGCACAUCAUAUUUCCAUUAAUUAAAAUGCCAGAUGUAUAUAGUUAUUGUUUUGUAAUGUAGCUUUUUUAAUGUGACUCAAAUAUUUAAACAGAAGUAGUGUGCUGUUUUACCCAUUGAUGGUAAAUGUUUAUAAUAAACUGCUUGUAUUGAUAUUAUGAUAUUGAAUUAUACCUAAAUCAAUGUGGUAUAGUUUUGUUUGGUGAAAAAGCUGAUCAGCGUCUAUGACUUUUAAUAGUCAUAAUAGAAUGGAAAUAUGGUCGAGCUAUGGGAAUUGUCUGUUAUUUAUUUAAUAUGUUUUACCCUGUCGAAUAGAAUUGAAAGUACUGGAGGAAAGGGUUACAGUCUUUCUAACAAAACAUGAAAGCAUUGAAGCACUGCACACAAUUCUUCAUAUUUAUGUUUUAUGCAUCACAAUAUGGUGUUCUCCACUUUAAAAUCUGCCCACCAAGGCGCUAUUGCGUAAAAUUGUUACGGGGCUGGUGGCUAGGAUGCUGCGAGCGAAGUUCCAGGAUGAUCGGGCUAUGCUAUCAAGAAAUAAAAAAUAAAAAAUAAAAAAACAGUUUUCGCUUGGACCCCCCACUCCCACCCCACAUACACACACCUCCCAGGUUUUCUGCCAGAAAACAAUUUGAGGAUACCUAAUAAAAACAAAAUAGGUCAUAAGUCCCCCUACUAAGUAGAUGUGUUUGGAUGUUUUAAAAUUGGAUGCUGCAUUUCACGUGCUUUGACAAAUUUUAAACAGCAGUUCUCCUACUAUCAUCUAAAUAAAAAAUCAUUAACAAUAUUUCAUCAUUUACCGAAAUUUUAGGCUACGUACAUGUAAUUUUACCCUCCGAACCCUUUAGCAGAAACCCUGCCUGCCCCCGCGCAUAUCAUCAUUGAGAUGUAACUGAUAUAUACAUUCUGACAGCAUGCCUAACUAUAAGGCACAUUCCACGGGUAUGUUUCCCCACACAAGUAUUAAAACUAGCGAAGAUUCCAUGGCAUACAGGGGAGUGGUAAGAAAUAGUUAUUCACACAGAAACAUAUAAGAAAAAGAACAUUAUUUAGUCUAGCUGGGGAAGAUUUUUGUUAUUUUUUUUUCAUAACUGUCCCCACCCCUAUUAUUUCAGGACUAGAACUGGCCCUGGUAUGCGCGUGCAUGGAUAUAGCCUUUGUUUACCUGAAUGGAUAAAUAUGUGAGAUGUACAGACAGAAGCGUGAGACGGAAUUGGAAUGCGUGCAAGUUGAAAAGUCUGCGUGAUAAACGGAUUAAAGUUACUAUGUUGGGCUUAAAGAAGGUCCCGGCUUUGCUGCUAUUGUAUGAUGUUUCCUUCUAAUAACAAAAUAUUUUAAUUACAAACAUUACAUAUUGAAUAUAGUUUCUUGUUUCGAAUAUCAUUAUUUGUAUAUAUUUCUAAUGUUUUUAAACAGCCUAAACUGGUUUUAAUCUCCCAGUAAUUUCGUACGUUCAAAAAAACAACAACUCUCCCCCCCCCCCCCCAAAAAAAAAAACCCUCAGGACUGCCCCUUCAACAAAUGCUAGCGUUCGUCUUUUGAUGCAUUGUUAACUUUAUCUAGUCAGCACGAUCACAUGGUGUAAUAUGUAUUUAUCAUGCAGAUAUAUUUGUCAACAAAUAAACUUGUAUUCAUCA